AGACUGGGUUGAGGCUCCGCUUGGCGACCGCUCGCCCAGAUCGCUCUCUAUCCCCCCUCUCUCAAGAGCUGCUGGCAGCCCCGCUGUGCCGAGGGGGAGGGCCGCGUUCCGCGUCCGAGUCCCCAGCGUGCCAGGGGGAGUUUCCAGGAAGUGGCCAUAUUGGAUUCAUUCAGUUGCAUCAAUCCAGGGGGAAGAGAGCAGGUUUCUAGCCAGACGGCUUCUUAGAUCCCGAGGAGGAGCCCCUCGCCUUUUGGCACCUGGAUCUCUCCGGCCAUGGCAGCUACGGACUUGGAGCGCUUUUCUAAUGAGGAGAAACGAAAUCUCUCUCUGGGUGGCCAUGUUGGAUUUGACAGUCUUCCUGAUCAACUUGUCAGCAAAUCUGUGGCACAAGGCUUCAGCUUCAACAUCCUCUGUGUGGGUGAAACUGGCAUUGGCAAAUCCACACUGAUGAACACUCUCUUUAAUACAACGUUUGAAACUGAAGAAGCCAGUCACUAUGAGUAUGCUGUCCGCCUAAGGCCACGAACUUAUGACCUGCAGGAAAGCAACGUCCACCUGAAACUGACAAUUGUAGAUGCUGUGGGGUUUGGGGAUCAAAUAAAUAAAGACGAAAGUUACAGGCCGAUAGUAGAAUACAUUGACACGCAGUUUGAAAACUACUUGCAAGAAGAGCUGAAAAUCCGGCGCUCCCUCUUUAAUUAUCAUGAUACAAGAAUCCACGUCUGCCUUUACUUCAUCACUCCAACUGGUCACUCACUGAAGUCCUUGGAUCUGGUAACAAUGAAAAAGCUGGAUAGUAAGGUGAACAUUAUCCCUAUAAUUGCCAAAGCUGACACCAUCUCCAAGAGUGAGUUACACAAGUUUAAGAUUAAAAUAAUGAGUGAACUGGUCAGUAAUGGAGUCCAAAUCUAUCAGUUCCCCACAGACGAUGAUGCCGUGGCUGAGAUUAACUCUGUAAUGAAUGCUCAUCUACCCUUUGCUGUCGUGGGAAGCACAGAAGAGGUAAAGGUUGGAAAUAAAAUGGUGAGAGCUCGGCAAUAUCCGUGGGGUGUGGUACAAGUUGAAAAUGAAAGCCACUGUGACUUCGUGAAGUUGCGAGAAAUGCUGAUCCGUGUCAACAUGGAAGAUCUUCGGGAGCAAACUCACGCUCGCCACUAUGAGCUCUACAGGCGGUGUAAGCUGGAAGAAAUGGGGUUCAAAGAUACUGAUCCUGACAACCAGCCAUUCAGCCUUCAAGAAACAUAUGAGACCAAACGAAAAGAGUUCCUUUGCGAAUUGCAGAAGAAAGAGGAAGAAAUGAGACAAAUGUUUGUAAACAAGGUUAAGGAGACCGAGUCGGAACUGAAAGAAAAGGAAAGAGAUCUGCAUGAGAAGUUUGAACAUCUAAAGAGGAUACAUCAGGAAGAGAAGAGGAAGGUGGAGGAGAAGAGAAGAGAGCUAGAGGAAGAGAUGAACGCCUUCAACAGGCGGAAGGUGGCAGUUGAAACAUUGCAGUGUCAGUCUCUGCAAGCCACUUCACAGCAGCCGCUGAAGAAAGAUAAAGACAAGAAAAAUUAAUCUCACACGCAGACUUACAUGCCGGGGAAAAGACUCUGUACAUUCAUAUGUUUUAGUUGCUUGCUUUUCCACCCUGUGAAUCCUUCUGUCAUACCAUUUGUGCAAGUGAAACAACAUGAAAGACAAAUUGACCAUCUUCUGCCUUUUUCAGGGAAUGGAUUGUGACCAUGUGGGAUGUUAACAUUGUUUAGAAAAGGUACUUGCCUUGUCUUUCCAGAUUCCCUGUGGAAAGUGCUUUGUAUGUCUCGUUCUGAAAUGUCUGGUGUUUAAUUUGUUUUAAACCCAUUGAAUCACCAUCUAUUUAUAAACGGGCCCUAAAUAUAACUAAUAAAUGUUUAAAAAUGAAAUCUAGACUAAGGAGUUCAGUAUAAAAGUUGCUGUUAGGAACUUUUUUUGUUUUAUUUUUGGUCAACAGUUGUAAAUUGAAUGUGUUAAGAGUUUGAGGUGACACUUUAAAUUUUUUAUUUGAAGGAAACACUCUUAACUUCAUAACUUGCACACCUACACACUAGUGUAUUAUUUAAACAACCCCCUUAAACAUCUUGUAUGUUGUGUGUAAUAUGUUGUAGUAAUAUAAAGGUAAUAUGUCAACAUUUAGCUUUUCUGUUGCUGAAAUGCGACCUUAUUAAGCAGGGGUUUUAAGAGGGCUUGUGUUCACUGUAUGCUAUGGGAGAGACAUGAAAUUCCUUUUCUUUCACUGGAAUAUGCUCCUGUCCAAGUAGAUGUUUCAUCCUAAAAAAAAAAUUCCCCCCCAAAAUACCACCAUAAUCAAACAUCAGAAGUAGAAAAUUGCAGUUUAAAAAAAUACAUAGCAUCAAUCUCCAUUCCUUCAAGGAUGGUGCUUCUGCCUUUUAUACUGCUGCCAUUUUUUUAACUUGUUGAUUUUGACUGUCUUGCAAAGACUGAAAAAGUACAUAGGAUUUGACUAUUUCAGUAGCUAAUAGAAGCUACUGUCAAUAACAGAGGUGAGACAAUCGGUGGGGAUAGCAUUGAUAGCAACAGCUCCAUAUACUUAAAAAUUAAGCAGAGUUUGAAAACACUUAGAUCUGAAAAUUUCUUAAGAUCGUGCCUUUUUGCUGAUUUACAUUCUUAAUUGAUCACAUAGACAUCCGACCAAAUUUAAAAGUCCCUUUAGACAGUUGGCUAAAUGAAAAGGUAAAGGUAAAUUGACAUAACUUGCUGUUCCAAACGCACCUUUUUUGCCACAUGCUUUGUGAAAAGAUGCAUUUGAAAAGUGAGCCCUGUGAAAGGUCUCCAAUUUACUUUUACUUAACAAUCAAUCCUGGGAUUUUGCAAGAUUUCUCACUGUUCAAUACAUAUUGGAUACAUUCAUGAGUUAGAAUUCAAAAAGGCCACUGGCAAGUUCAAGUUCCUCUAUAGCAAAAGAUCUCCUUAUGUUGGGGACAUCAGUUGCAUGGCCUGACUAAUUGUAUUAAUGAAGCUGCAAGGCAGCAGAACAGAGUUUGACCAGGUUAUACCGUAUUUCUUCGAUUCUAAGACGCCAUCGAUUGUAAGACGCACACUAAUUUCAGUACCACCAACAGAAAAAAAACUUUGAUUCUAAGAAAUAAUAAAUGCACCCGCAAUUCUAAGACACACCCCAUUUUUAAAGAUGUUUAUAUGGGGGAAAAGUGCGUCUUAGAAUCGAAGAAAUAUGGUAUAUGAGCUUGCACUAAUGCGUUUGAAGAACACAGCGUCUUGUUUCUAUAAGAAACUGUAAGAAAAACCAUAUGCACUGCUAGCUGUUAGAAGCGUCAAAGAAGCAUUGAGGGUCUCUCACCAAUUCCUUUCUCCUAUAGAGUGCAAAGUGAAAUACAUCUCUCACCCACAGGAAGGCAGCCGUGAUCCCCAGAGGUCAUGCUUGUGUUGUUGGUGUUUUUAACCCCUGCUUCCAUGUAACGUUAGCAACUGUUCACAGAUCUUUUUGCUCUGGAAGCAUUUUAGCCUUCCAAUUAAAUUCCCUUCAAUGGUGUAGCAUAGCCUAUAUUUUAUUUUUAAAACAUGAAAGGCAUUUUUCUUGCCUUUUCAGAAGUAGCAUAUGGUUGUAUUGUGGGCCUGAGGUUCUUUGUCGUGUGCAUCCUUUCGAAGUUUUUGGAUAUUGAAAUAUUGUCUUAAGUUUUUUUCUUCACUUAAGGCUAAUGUCUGAAUAUAUUGAAAAUCAUGUUACAGUAUUACUUGAUAUUUUUAAGGUAAAAAAUCCUCAUGAAAAAAUAUACAGGUACUUUUUAAUGGCAAACUACCUAAUGGUGGUAUAGGGGAUAGUUACACUUUUUUCAGGAGUUUGUUGUAAUCCGACUCUCUUUUUUUAAAGGCUGUGCCUCUAUUAAGCUAAAUAUAUAUAUUUCCUAAAAGGUAACUUUCAAAAUAUUAGGGAUGGGGAAUGGCUGUGUACAGGAUCAAAUACGAUGUAUGUUUAUGUACAUGAUGACAAUCCUGACACAUGAUGGGUUAAAGUUGCAAAGCAAACCAUGUUUUCCUUUGAGAGAUGAAGAUUUUGUAUAAGGCUAAAAAAUUAAUACGAAGGAAACUGCAGGGCAGUAGAAUAGAGUUUUAUCCAAUAUGCAAACUAGUGCAGCUUGAGAAUUUAUCUAGUAUCUGCUAAAGCCAACAAAUUAUUCUAUGCAAAUAUCUUAUUUCUGGUUGGCUUUCUGGAGCUCAGUUUGUUCCUGCCCUUUUUUGGAAGUUUAUGAAAAUGUGGUAGUAAUAAUGAAAAGAUAAAACGUGUAGAAAACAUGGCCAUAAUGGCAAUAUAUUUCUGAUGAAGACAUUCAGAAUGUAUGUAACAAUAUAUUAAUUAUUUUAUAUAUGUCUCUGUGUGUGUAUGUGUGUGUGUGAAUAUAUCACACACACUUUACAUUGUGUUGACUGUUUUGUCAUUUUUAGAGAAAUCCUGGCCUCAACUUUGCCUCAGUCUUUGUUAAUCUUUUUGUAACAGUCUUCCCCAAUAUCUUUUUCUUGGUUCUGAUCCUAUUUGGUAGUACUUGACUUCACAUUUUUGUAUGAGACCAAAUGGUAUAUUGUAAUUCUAUACAUUAUUUCUUAUUUAAGAAGUUACUGGUUGUUAUAAUGUGACACUAAUCUUAAAUUAAAUCUUAAACUAAGUUGAAGAUUCACCUCUUGUGUAUGAGGUAAGAAUGGCAGGAAAACACAACACUCAAUUCAAAUUUCCUGAUUUUUAUAUAUGUUUGACUAAUGGAAAGAUGCAUCUUUCCUUUGAAUCUUAACUACAACAUAUUUUUGUGUUCUUAAAACUUGUCUAUUUUAGCUGGAUAUUCAUUUUGUAGUGUGUGUGUUGUAAUGAGCACAAAGCAGAGGAUUCUAUCUUGAAGAACAUAUUGAAUGAUAUUUGCAAGACGUCAACAGGAACACCCAUAGAACUGCUUUCGUGAAAUGUUAACAUGUCAUUCUCAUUUUUGUUUUACCAAUUAUUUUUUAAAAAACGUUCACUUCUUUCAGUUUCCUUUGUACUUCUUUCUUUUUAUUAAAUGUUACAUUUUAUUUUGA